CAGCAUUUGGUGUAUCAUGUGUACCUGUGUGGUGUCAGUAUCAGAAUUUAGAACCCAACAAAUCAGAUUGUUCCUCAGUCCUCAUCAAACUCUCACUAUUCAUUCCUUUUCCUCCAUUAAUCCUCUCUUUAUCUCCCAAUUUUCCUUUACUUUCGUUACAAUGUACAAUGUACAAUCUUCUCUUCUAUGCUCUUACGAUUUCGGCCAUUGAUUUAGGUUAACUUAAAGCUUUUGUGCUAUAAAAUGUUCAAACUGCACAAGCACAAGUCUGCAAAUGGCAGUGGUACUGGUAAUGAUAAAUCCGGCGAAAUAUUUGAAUUCCAGUUCUCCGAUUUUCAGGCCAUCAAGGUUCCAAAAGGGUGGGACAAACUUUUCGUGUCUUUGGUCUCAGUUGAAACAGGUAAAACGUAUGUCAAAUCAGGAAAAUCAUCUGUAAAAAAUGGUAUUUGUCGGUGGAAAGAGACUUUCCAUGAAUCAGUCUCCAUUUUACAAGAUAAAGGGGAGUCAAAAGAGCUUGAAGGCUGCCUCUUCAGGUUUAUUGUUGCAAUGGGUUCAUCUCGUUCUGGCAUCCUUGGGGAAGUUACCAUUAAUCUGGCAAACUAUGCAAGUUCAAGAACUUCUGUUCCUAUGUCAUUGCUACUAAAAAAAUGCAACUACGGUACAUCGAUACAAUUCAAAAUUCAGUGCCUAACACCCAAAAUGAAAGAUAGGGAUGCACAGAGCAAACAUACUAUAAAACCUUUUGAAAAUGGAAGUGUUGAUGUGGAAAUAAGAUCCGAGUCAUCUGAAGGUGUGAGUUCGAGGAGCGUGCUUUCCAUGUCGGGCAAUUCUUUGGAAAUUACCUCUACAUCACAAGCAGGUCUUAGUAGGGAUCCCAGUUUGUCGGCAUCAGAUUCCCGUCAUAGUUUUGAUUCCAUUGAAGCUUCUUCCGGAAAUGACUUGUUUUCUCCUCAAAAUAACAUGUUCUGCUCCAUGAGCAAUCACAUUGAGAGACAAGAUUCAAUUGAAUCUCAAAGAAGUAUCCCAUCACAUAGCUUUCAUGCAACAGAUAAUAAUCGAUCAAAUCAUUCUUCAAUCAAUUCUAGGAAUGCUGAGUCAUUCAGCCCUUAUGCUUAUCAGCAAGAGCGGAAUUCAAAUUCUUUUGUGUCACCAUCACACUUUAAUGCUGGCUCUUCUAAGGAUCUUCUUGAAGCUGCUGAAAUUAAAAUUGAGGAGCUUAGGGCUGAGUCAAGGAUAUGGGAGCAAAAUGCUAAGAAAUCAACUCUUGAUAUCGAAGUCCUAAGAAAGGAAAUGUCUGAGCAAUCAAGGAGUCAAUCAACUCUCAGUAUGGAACUAUCAGCAUCACAGCAGGAAUGUGAUAGUCUAAAGCAGGAGGUUGAACAUCUGAGAAUACAAAAGGAUAAGGAUAGAAUACAAAAGGAAAUGGAAGAAGAAAUAAGACUAGUUAAAGAAUCAAAUGCUGAUUUGAAUGAACAACUACAGAAAACACAACAGUCAAACAUUGAGCUUUUGUCCAUUUUACAGGAGCUUGAAGGAAUCAUAGAAACACAAAAAUCAGAAAUCGAAGACCUUUCUUCUGGCAUAUCAAAGCUGAAAGAAAGUGCGAAUGGAGGUCUACCUGCAACAGCAGAAAUCUUAAAUAAUUCUAUUGUAGAAGGCUGCGAAGUUAUCGAGCCAACACAAGAUCCUGAUGAACAAAAUCCUGAGGGUAUCCAUGACAUGAAACUCCAACUCUUGCAGUUGCAAGAAACACAAAAGGAUCUAGAAAGUUCCAUAAGAGUGCUUGAGAAGUCCGUGGAAGAGAAAAAUGGUGAAAUAGAGAGGGAACAGGAUUUGAGAGCUCAAGCAUUGUUAGCUUCUGAUUCGAAGUGGAGAUUUCAAGUAUCUGCAAAAGAGGAAGAGAUCAGGAAGUUGGAAGCAAAGCUAUCUGAAGCUUUUAAAGAUCAAGAAAAUAAAAAAUUGGAAGUUGAAAAUGAAGAUGACACUGAUCUAGCCAAAGAGAUCAAUGUUCUUAGGAGAAAGCUAGAGGAUCUUGAGAAGGACUGUAACGAACUGACCGAAGAAAAUAUGGAACUUCUUUUUAAGCUCAAAGAAUCAAAACAUGGUUUAUCGUUACCUGAUGGUUUAGUUGAGUCCUCCUGUGACAGUCUUAAUGAUGGUUCAUGUACUUGUGGAUCUGAGGUAAGUCAAUUGAGAGACCAAUUGAAAGAGCUUGAGUAUGAACUGAGAAACAAAGAAAAUGCUGCAACUUCUGUGAAGUCACAGGUUCCGUGCGUAGAUUUUGAACUUAAAUGUCAUGAGCUGGAGGUUCAGAUGCAGACUUACAAGAAGAAAGCUCUUCAUCUUGAAGAGGAACUAUGUAAUUUUCAAUUUCAAGUAAAAGAACAGCAGGCUGAAGUUCAUAUGUUAAAGCAACUAAUUGUGCAGUAUGAACUAAAAGAGACAAAGGCUGGAGACUUGCAGUUGCUACCAAAUGAUGCAAAAGAUGUCGAAGAAAACAACAAAGAGCCUCAGACUUCGAAAGAGUACACAGAUCACACUAAUAAUCAGGUAGGUGGCACAUUUGACCAAGUCAUUCAACCUGACAUGGGUAAGGAGUUGCCAGAAGAUGCAGAUAUCAAAGCACUGAAAUCAAAUAACAUGAGAAAGGAAGAAGAAAUUGAAGCUCUUCAAAAACAGUUAAAGAUGCUAGAAGAUCACAUGGCAAGUGUCCAUCGUGAAAAUCUUUUGUUGCAAGAGAAACUUGGGGACCUGGAAAGAGAAAAAAACAGCACAUCGAAUCAUGUAGAUGAGUUGAAGAAAGAGAUUAUUAAGCUAUCAAGCAAUGUUGAGUCACAUAAUUCUGCAAGAAAGGUACUUGAGAGGUUAUCAUCAGAGUUGGAAAAAGGAAAAGAAGACAUAGAACGGCAGAUGUCAGAUUUAGAAAAGGAAAACAUGCAGUUGUCAGAAAGAAUAUCGGCUUUGGAAGCUCAAUUAAGAUAUUUGACGGAUGAGAAAGAGACAUGUCUUCUGGAUCUUCGGCAUUCAGAAUCUCAAUCAAUAAAGCUCCGUGAUGAGAUUAGAAGAUUGGAGAUUCAGAUUGAUACACGGAAAGAAGAUGUCAGACAGAAAGUACAAGACAUGCAAAACAGGUGGCUUGAAGCCCAAGAAGAGUGUGAAUAUCUAAAGAAAGCUAAUCCAAAGCUGCAAUCGACAGCAGAAAACCUUAUAGAAGAAUGUGCUUCACUCCAGAAGUUUAAUGGGGAUCUGAAACAGAAGAACAUGGAGUUGAUAACACGAUGCACAGUUCUGGAAUCUCAGCUGAAAGACACCCAGGGAAAGUUUAUUGAAUGCUCUGAAAAGAUUGAAGUUUUAGAACAAGAAUUUCGUAUUUUAGUGGAAGAAGUUUCCUUGAAGGAGAAGAGCCUUAACUCUGAACUUGAAUCUCUUGUUAUUGACAACAAAGAGCAUUGGGAAAAGGUUAUGCAAGAGAAUAUUUCGUUAACUGAUAAGUAUAUGACGAAGGUAUUUGAAGUUGAAAACCUUCAAAGAGAACUCGUGCACCUCAUUGAUCAGAUAUCAGUGGCUCAUCACGAGCAGGAAACAGUGACACCAGAAGCUGUACUUGAAGUUUCUCUUUUACGUGCUGAUAAAGCUAGGAUUGAAGUUUCUCUUCAGGAACUUACUGGUAAAUUUGCACUGUCUGAGAGAAAAUUGAAUACCCUAGAGGCAGAAAUGGGAGCUAAAGAAGAGCAGCUGGCUGCUUUGAUUAAAAGCCAAGAAAUUCUGACUUCUAGCCAUGAGAACCUGUUAGUGUCAUUGGAAAACCACAAAAGUAGUGAAGAAAAAUACAAAAGCAUCAUCAAUGAGCUCGAAAUCAAUAUUAAAGCAUCAAAAUAUGAAAGCCAGCAGCUGGCUUUGGAAGUUUCAAGCCUCAAGGAGCAAAUGCUAAGAGCUUCCUCGAGUCAAGCUGAAGUUUUGGAUUUGAAGACGUUUCUCAAUAAAACCAGAUUUGAGUAUGAAAGGGUGAAGGCUUCAUUAGAUUUGCUAUGUGUUGAUCAUGAUGAACUGAAGACUGAGAAGAAUUCUCUUGUACAAAACAUAUCUGCUAUGCAGAAGUCUCUGUUAGAGUUAGAGGAAUGUCAGCGUAAUAAGGUAGCUCUUGAGGAGAAAAUUAUGCGGUUAGAAGGGGACCUAGCUGCAAGAGAGGCGCUGUGUGCCCAGGAUGCUGAGUUAAAAAUUGAGUUGAGCAAAAUUAAAAGGGAAAAUGGAGAACUUAAGCGGAAAAUUAAACAUCUUGAGCAGGAUCAAGAAGAAUAUCUGAAAAGAGUUCAAAUCCUUCAAGAACAGCUCCAGUCAAAAGUUCACGCGAUGGACGAUCCAAUCAAUUCUAUGGGUAAACCUGCUGACUUUGAUAAAUGUACUGCUGGAGUGUCUUCCACAAGAGAUGAAAAACAACUUUUAGAGAUGUCUGGAGUUCAGAUCACUGAUCAUCUUUCUAAAGUCCGGUCACUUGAAAAUGAACUCGCUGAAGCAUUGGAGGCAAAUGAUAUGUACAAAGCCCAGCUUAGAAGGUUCAUGUCUCAAGAACAAAACUAUGCUGAUAUGCCCAAGGCUUCCGGAAUUGACAAUGAAUCAGAUCCCUAUGUGAAAAGGCAAAGUGGCAAUUUGUCAUUUCUGGAGUUAGAAUUGCAAGAUCUUCGGGAGCAAUACUUCCAAAUGAGUCUUAAGUACGCUGAGGUUGAGGCUCAGCGUGCAGAACUUGUACUAAAACUCAAGACCUCGACUGAUAGGAGGAGCUGGUUUUCUUGACCACAUAGCUAUUUUUCUUCUGAUUUAUCUUUCUCCAUAUCUCAUUCAUGAAUGGGAGAAAUUUGUUAAUUUCUCCAAAUUUAUAGCUGUAAAUGAUUAAAUUUUCAACCGACCAGAUGGUCGAGUUAAUAAAUCAGGGAGCAUAAACUGUUUGUAGAUAGAAUAUGAGGAAUGUUAUGAAAUCAACCUAAUUCAUUACGGAUAA